UCCUUAUAGUAUUUGAUUACGGAUAAAUAGAAACAAAAACUAUUCAUAAUUGAUUAAUUGAUUAAUUGUUAUGUAUUUAAAGAAUGUAUCAGUUUUGUGUUACAUAUUCAAAAAUCAACACUACUAAUAAAAAUAUUGUCUAGGACUUUAUGACCAAUAACGUGUGAACACCACAUCCACGUGUGGGCCCCUCUGCUCGUUGAAACCCCGCCCACAAUAACGUUAGUCGACGCGGGUGAUACGAUUGGCUAGGGAUCGUUGCCAAUCAUGUGUGACGGCCACGCCCCCCGCGCUGUGUAAUCUGCUGGAGCUCCAGCGGCGAGACUUUUUCUUCUUCUUCUUCCACAGAUGUGUCAGCAUGAUCAGAGAGGAGCUCCACAACUUUCCCGAGGAGGAUUUACUUUCACCGCGGCGUUCACGUGUGUAAACCCGAGGAGGAGUGGAUUCUACACACUGAAAGAGUUGGAUUCUUGAAGAAGAAGAAGAAGAAGAAGAAGAAAGAUAGAAAAAGAAGAAGAAGGAGAAGAAAAUGCCUGUAGCUAUUCUCAUGCCGUUCACGGCCACCCCGAGUAGGAAGUCCGCCAGCGCGACCUCGUUCAGGCUGACGGAGAAAUUCAUGCUGCUCCUGGUGUUCAGCGCUUUCAUUACCUUCUGCUUCGGUGCGAUCUUCUUCCUGCCGGAUUCGUCCAAGCUGUUCUUCUUCCGCUCCGAACCGACCGCGGUGGACGCCGACACCCGGACAGGUACGGACGGAGACGCCGGCGGUACGGGCAAGGACGAGAGAAUCCUGGCUAAGAUCCGGAGAGACCACGAACAGGCUCUGCUCGAAGCCAAGGACACGCUGCAGAAGCGGCCGGAUGAGAUCAAGCAGGACAUCCGAAGCGAGAAGGACCAAGUUGCGAAGAACCGAGCGGGCGAGAAUGACGACGGCGCUCUGCCCGUCAUCGAGCACGCACGGCCGCCUGGGGCCACGGGCCGAGAGCCGGCAGACCCGGAAACCAGGGAGAGACGGGCGAAGAUCAAAGAGAUGAUGCAGUUUGCCUGGGAUAAUUACAAGCGCUAUGCCUGGGGCUCCAAUGAGCUGCGGCCUGUCUCCAAGCAAGGCCACUCCAGCAAUCUGUUUGGAAGUCUGAGGGGUGCGACCAUCGUGGAUGCCCUGGACACUCUGUACAUCAUGGAAAUGCAUGAUGAGUUUGACGCUGCCACCGAGUGGGUGGAGAAAAAUCUCGACUUUAACAUGAACGCGGAAAUCUCCGUCUUCGAAGUGAACAUCCGCUUCGUCGGAGGACUUCUCUCUGCCUAUUAUCUCUCAGGAAAAGAGGUGUUCAGAAAGAAAGCCGUCGAACUUGGAGAGAAAUUACUGCCUGCCUUCAAGACACCCACAGGCAUCCCUUGGGCUCUUCUCAACCUUAAAAGUGGCAUAGGCCGGAACUGGCCGUGGGCGUCCGGAGGCAGCAGCAUUUUAGCCGAGUACGGCACGCUGCACUUGGAGUUCGUUCAUCUGAGCAAGCUUUCUGGGAAACCCGUGUUCGCAGAGAAGGUCAUGAACAUCCGGAAGGCUCUAAAUCGUCUGGACAAGCCACAAGGACUUUAUCCCAAUUACCUGAACCCUAACAGUGGACAGUGGGGACAACAUCAUGUGUCUGUUGGUGGCCUGGGUGAUAGUUUCUACGAGUACCUGCUCAAAGCUUGGCUCAUGUCUGACAAGCAAGACGAAGAAGCCAUGAAGCUCUACUACGACGCCCUGAAGGCUAUUGAGACGGGUUUAAUCAGGAGGUCGAGCAGUGGUCUGACCUACAUCGCAGAAUGGAAGGGCGGUCUUCUUGAGCACAAGAUGGGUCAUCUGACUUGCUUCGCUGGGGGGAUGAUUGCGCUCGGGGCUGACGGCGCUCCUGGCGACCAGACGGGUCACCAGAUGGAACUGGCAGCCGAGAUCGCACGCACGUGCCACGAGUCAUACGCCAGAACCAACCUUAAGCUGGGGCCCGAGGCGUUCAGGUUUGACGGCGGCGUCGAGGCAAUCGCCACAAGACAGAAUGAGAAAUACUUCAUCCUGAGGCCAGAAGUCAUCGAAACCUACAUGUACAUGUGGAGGUUCACUCACGACCCCAAGUACAGGCAGUGGGGCUGGGAAGCUGUUAUGGCUUUAGAGGCACACUGUAGGGUGGAGGGAGGCUACAGUGGAGUGAGGGAUGUGUACAGCAACACUCCCAACCACGAUGACGUCCAGCAGAGCUUCUACCUGGCUGAGACGCUAAAGUAUCUGUACCUGCUGUUCUCUGAUGACGACCACCUGCCGUUUGAGCACUGGGUCUUUAACACCGAGGCUCACCCGCUGCCCGUCAUAAAGCGCGAGAAAGAGAGCCCAGUCAGGAGCGACCAGCUGUAGCAGCACAGCGCUCGCCAUUCCCCAUGAAGCCCUGAAGGAAUAUCUGGGGAGCGGUGGUGCUCGGACCUCUAGUUCCGAUCUCCAGCAACAAGGCUAAACACCUCUUCUCCAAACCUGAAUAUGUCCUGCAGGUUUCGCUGGGGUCUCCCAAUCGUUUAGAGAUAGCAGUGUGCAUGUGCUGUCAAUCUCCUAAACCACCCCACCCCCUUUUCCCUCUUCUUUUUUUGUCCUCUUUCUGAGCCUCGGAGGUCCGAGUGAGCUUCUCUCCUCUGUGAGGAGAUCGGACCAUCUCCACUCGCAUUUUUUUAUUUAAUUUUUUCCCCACAUUUCUGUCUCAUCCUCACACGAAGCCAUAAUCUCUUGCUACAUGUUAAAAAUGUUUGUUGGAUUCCUGAUCGUGCAUAGUAUAUUAUUUUGAUUAAAAGUGUGCAGGAUCA